GUAACACUGGAAAUAAAUAAGCACAAUAUAAUGACCACACGGCCAUCACACAAACAAAAUAUUGUUAAGCAGAUUAGUCCCUACUUAUCCCGCGCGCGUUAUUCGCUUUCCAAUCCAGGGGCAUGUAGUACUCAAAGUUGCCUCCACGUCCUCCUCCUCCUCCCCUAGGUUUCUGUUCGCAGUCUCCCCAGAAUCCCUGGAAGGAAAUACGGGUGCGCAACAGCAGAGACUGCGGUGCGAACGGGAGAUAAUCAGCAGAGCGAAGGAAAGCAAUGACAAGAAUCGGAUUUUCUCCGCGCCCAGAUGAGAACACCGCAGGAAUGAAAUAAACAGGGCGGUUGUAAAACUAACGGCCAGUCGUGACUACGCAUGUAAAGACCCUGUUCAUGUUUUAACGCAAUUCAUCAGCGCGUGAGAAGCGUUCAGUAUGCGCGCGUGAGAAGCACUACGGCGGCGGCGGGGGGAUUAAAGCGCAACGGUGGGCAACAGUGAAAAGAAAACGGCUCCCCCAUUACCAUCUUGAGGGCCAGGGGGUGUGUUUGUGUGUGCGUGCGACUACAGGGCUCCAGAAGAAGCAUGUCGAACAGAAAGCACCGGGACAACCAGGAGAUAUGCGCGCGCAAGGUCCGCGAGCUCGCCCAGGCGGGAGUCAACAAACACUGCUUCGAGUGCAACCAACCCGGGGUGACUUACAUCGACAUCACCGUGGGCUGCUUCGUAUGCACGUCAUGCUCUGGAAUGCUGAGAGGGCUCAACCCACCCCAUAGAGUUAAGUCUAUUUCCAUGACAACCUUCUCCCAACAGGAAGUGGAGUUUUUGCAAAACCACGGCAACGAGGUUGGACGGAGGACCUGGCUCUGCACUUUUGACCCCAAAACAGACGGCUGUUUUGAUGCACGCGACACACAGAAGCUGAAAGAGUUCUUGCAGGACAAAUAUGAGAGGAAGAAAUGGCAUUUCUCUAAAAGCAAGAUGCGCCGGGAUGUGGAGUCCCCAUGGGGCCCGGGGGUUCAGGCUGUUCCUGCUCCACACGGACCCGCUCAGAACCAGCCCCCGCCGGGGCAUCCUCUGAACCCCACGUCCCGGCCCACUCGGACACUGUCCCAGUCCCAGUCCCAGUUGUCAAUAUGGGACAGAGCUCCUGCUGUCUCUCCGGCUGAUAGCCGUACUGAAGUGUUCACUGCCAGGCCGACUCGCUCACAGAGCUUCAGAGAUCAUCCCAUUAAAGACACAUUGUUAAGUGGUGUGGAGAGACAGAGGCCAGGAAUAAUUUCUUCGGGAAUUGGACCCCAGAAUCAUCCCUCCUCCUUUCCAGCCCUUCCACGUCCUUCAGCAAGUAGCACUUUCAAAAACAGCUUUACUUUAGGUCGCACUCUGUCAACUGGGGGUGGAGCUGCGUUCAGAGCCUUCCCUAAAUCUAUGAGUUUGGAUUUUGGGGGUCUGAGCCACGCCCACAACACGCUCAGUUCUGUUGCUCCGCCCCCUGUCACUCAGGAUAAGUAUGCAGUCUUAUCACAACUAGAUAAAGUGCUCACUGACAACACACCUGUCACAGCCAUUACAACAGCUCCCUCUGAUGGACCCCCUCAGUAUAGCACCCUCUUUGGGAACCGCCUGUCCUCAAGUUCCACGCCUGCAAGCUCCCCGGGCGUUCCCGAGGCCACCUCCGGAUCUCAGACGUUUGCAAAUUUCCCAAACCCCUUCAACUCUACAGCCAGUUGCAACCAGUCUGUUCUGUCUCCCAGUAACCCCUUCAAAAGCACAGUCUCAGAUGGUGUGUCGUCCUCAGCUGUCUUUCCUCAGUCCGUCUCUUUUCCUACAUCUGUCACCCAAAGUGCUUUUUCACACCAACAGUCCAGUAACCAGGAGGCCAACGGUUUCAACUCAUUUCCUGCCCCCGAGUCCGUCCCCAAAGUCCCUCGACCAAUGUCUGUCAACCCUUUUACUGGGAAUGUUUACCCGAGCAGAGGAGCAUCACUAAACCCUUUCAUCUGAGAUCCCGAAGCGGCCGUGGAGAAAGAGGAGAGCGAGUGGAGCUUGUUUACUUUGCCAUACCUACAGAAAACAUCCAAUACUUCUGCGUGUGUAUGUGUCUUCGUGUGUGUUUAAAGGUGUGGGUGUUUGUUAGCAGAUAUUCUACAUGUAACUCUGUACAUGCUUGUUGUAUGUUUGUGUGUGUGUGUGUGUGUGUGUGAGAGAGAGAGUGUCUGUUUGUAUGUGCCCUUUUCUACCAGAUGCUAUACAGUAUAUCAAGCUGUGUGUGUGUGUGUGUGUGUAAAUGUUAGUGGGUUUUGCCUUAUAUCAGUUGUUUUUGUUGUUUUUUUGCUGAUAAUAGGAGAACUUCAGAUGAAAGGUGCUUAUGAGAACCAUUAACACUCACACACACACACACACUCAAACUGAAAGGAGUAGUUCAAUUAAAAAAAAAACACUUUUGCUGAUAA